ACAUUAUCGUCUCGCUCAGUGUUUGUUGGAUUCACGACAAUCAACAAAAAGUGAAGAGCAGUUCAACAACACACUCAUGAACCUUUCAAACAUCAGCCGAAACGUCACAACGCCUGUCGUCAGGGACACUUUACAAGCGGCCAUCAUCAAGAAUGUGAUCACUGUGUUUCUCUGCAUCUCCAUCAACUAUGUCAACAGCACCCUGGUGCACACAUUCACAAAACACCAGGUUUUCAACAUGAACCCUCGCUACAUCCUCUACAUCCACCUGGUGAUCAACGACAUCAUCCUCCUGACCAUGUUCACCCUCCUCCAAGUCCUCAGUUACAUCGUGUUCACGCUCAACGUCUCCUUCUGCAUGGUCCUGCUGAUUAUUGCCGUCUCUGCGAGCAUCAACAAUCCUCUAACGCUCGCCGUCAUGGCCCUAGAGUGCUACGUCGCCAUAUGCUUCCCACUGCGUCACACGCAGAUCUGCACAGUGAGAAAAACGUACGUGGUGAUCGGAGUGAUUUGGAUGCUGAGUUUAUUUUAUGUCCUGCUCGAUGUAUUUAUCGCGUUGGCUACAGAGUCCGUGGAAUUCUUUCACUCCAGAGUUUUCUGCCUCACAGAAAAGGUUUUCAGACUUCCUUAUCGCAAAGAGAAGAGAGAAAUAUUCAACAUAGUGUUGUUAGUCAGUGUUUGGUUCUCUCUUUUCUAUUCAUACCUCAGGAUUCUUAUCACGGCACAAGCAGCCGCCACAGACGCCAAGAAGGCGAGGAACACGGUGCUAAUCCACGGCUUCCAGCUGCUGCUGUGUAUGCUCACCUAUGUUUAUAAUUUCAUCAUGGAAGGCCUGAUAUCCUUGUUCCCUAAAGCGCUUCUAGUCAUUCACUUUGCCGUCUCGAUAUUCGUCCACGUUCUCCCGCGACUCAUCAGUCCGGUGGUUUACGGGCUGCGAGACAAGACUUUCAGAAAGUACCUGAAAAAUGAUCUGUUCUGUACGACGAGUUCUGACGCUCAACCACAAAAGAAAUCUUAAGAGACGGUAAUGACACUGUUUCAGCGGCUCCUGCUAUUCUAACAUUAAAGCUUCAAUGUGGGAGUAAAAUCCUAUAAA